AUGCGUGACAGACCGCCGGACGGCCAGAUCCUUCCUAUUAGACCUCCGGCCGCCGGACGACUAUCCAUGGCCGAUCAAAUGACAUCAUGCCUGUCAUUUGAUGGCCGCCUUCGCGCCCUCAACACGAUAGCCGCCUUCGCGCAAGCAUGCGCGAAACAUGUUCGGAGGGCUACCGUCUCCGUGCCCGACUCCAGAGGCCGGAACAUUACCCUAAUCAUGGCCAUGGAAGAAGAAGGGAUUGUCCAUGAGUCUGUGUCCUUGAAAUCGCACUCCAUCAGGAACAUGAAGCCAAGCACAACGGAUCAACUCGUUCGUAGCAUAUGCGAGAGUAUUGGACUCAUCGACUCCAAGAAAUGCAAAUCUGCUGUGUCACACUCAAAAUCUUUCUUUGAUGCUUGUCUACGAAAGCAGCCCAUCCUAAAUUCUGCACCAGUGGAUAAGCUGUAA